GUCGCGAGCGCAACUGAUAUCAACAACCGAGGGGAUGAAGUCAUAACACAAAAACAUUUCUCGCUGUACGUGAUAAAUCUCAGAUACGCUGUACGGAUAAUAUCGACCGCUUUCAAACAGAUUCUCCGGCUGUCGCUGAAGCCUAAAGUCACAUUACAGCGGAAAAAUCUUGAAAAGGAAUGCCAGCACCAACCAACCCCUGACUGAAUCCCCUGUCCACAGAGGGAAAGACUGAGUUAAAAGCGGAAGGAUGGGCGAGACGGAGGACGAGCGUAACUCUCAGGCUGGCCAGCUGUUUGAGAACUUUGUGCAGGCCACUACCUGUAAAGGCACCCUACAGGCCUUCAGCAUCCUCUGCAGGCAGCUGGAGCUGAACCCCUCCGACCACAGAGGCUUCUACAGCAGCUUGAAAGCUGCCGUCACCUACUGGAAGGCCAAAGGCCUCUGGGGGAAACUGGACAAGAGAGCCAGCCACAAGGAGUACAGUAAGGGCAAAGCCUGCACGGACACCAAAUGUCUCAUCAUUGGUGGCGGUCCCUGCGGCUUUCGAAUUGCCAUCGAGCUGGCUUUGCUUGGCGCCAAGGUGGUGGUGAUUGAAAAGAGGGACACCUUUUCUAGGAACAAUGUCCUGCACCUUUGGCCUUACACCAUCCAAGACCUCAGGGACCUUGGAGCCAAGAAGUUCUAUGGAAAGUUCUGUGCUGGAUCUAUAGAUCACAUCAGUAUUCGUCAGCUGCAGCUCAUGCUGUUAAAAAUCGCUCUCAUUGUUGGAGUUGAAGUGCACGUCAGUGUGGAGUUUAUCAAGCUUCUAGAACCCCCUGAGGACCAAGGCACUGAUGGGCCUGGAUGGAGGGCAGAGGUCCGGCCGGCCGAUCACCCCGUCUCAAACUAUGAUUUUGAUGUGAUAAUUGGAGCAGAUGGAAGGAGAAGCACUCUUGAUGGCUUCAGGAGAAAGGAGUUCAGAGGGAAACUAGCCAUCGCCAUCACUGCAAACUUUGUCAAUCGCAACACGACGGCUGAGGCCAAAGUGGAGGAGAUCAGCGGAGUGGCCUUCAUCUUCAACCAGAAGUUCUUCUUGGAGCUCAAGGAGGAGACAGGCAUCGAUUUGGAAAACAUUGUCUAUUAUAAGGACAACACGCACUAUUUUGUCAUGACUGCGAAGAAACAAAGCUUGUUGGACAAGGGUGUGAUCCUCAAUGACUAUAUUGAGACCGAACGGCUGUUGGCGAGCGAUAACGUAAACCAAGAGGCUUUGCUGUCAUAUGCCCGUGAGGCUGCAGAUUUUGGCACAAACUACCAGCUUCCUUCUUUGGAUUAUGCCAUCAACCACUACGGCCAGCCAGAUGUAGCUAUGUUUGACUUCACCUGCAUGUACGCCUCGGAGAACGCCGCGCUAGUGAGGGAAAAGAACAACCAUCAGCUGCUGGUGGCGCUGGUUGGAGAUAGUCUGCUAGAGCCUUUCUGGCCCAUGGGGACAGGAUGUGCUCGAGGGUUUCUGGCUGCCUUUGACACAGCGUGGAUGAUAAAGGGUUGGGCUCAGGGCAAAGGGCCCCUUGAUCUUCUGUCAGAGAGGGAAAGCAUCUACAGGCUGCUGCCUCAGACGACUGCAGAAAACAUCUCAAAAAACUUUGAGCAGUACACCAUAGACCCAGCUACGCGUUACCCCAACCUCAACUCCACCUGCGUACGACCACAUCAGGUGCGGCACCUGUACAUUAACGGCGAGCAGGACUUGAGUUCUCUGGAGCACGGUGGACCCACACGUAGAUCUGUAAACAUCUCCAAACGAGAGUCAGAGGUGCGUCCCAGCCGGCUCCUGCUGUGGUGUCAGAAGCAGACGCAGGGCUACAGGGGAGUGGAUGUCACUGACCUUACGACCUCCUGGAGGAGCGGCCUGGCCCUGUGCGCCCUCAUUCACCGUCAGCGGCCGGACCUCAUUGAUUUUGACUCCUUGAAUGAGGCAGACUGCGCUAAAAACAACCAGUUGGCGUUUGACGUGGCAGAGCGCGAGUUUGGCAUCCAGCCGGUCACUACAGGAAAGGAAAUGAAUGCCGAACGGGGCCCAGACAAGCUCAUUAUGGUCCUCUACCUUUCCAAAUUUCACGAAAUGUUCCGCAACUCACCUCAAUCCAUCACAGGUGUACCCAAAGAGACUGAUGCAAAUAAUGAAGACUAUUCAUCAAAGCCCACAAACUCUCUAUACAACUCCAUAAAUCACGCACUGCCUCGGAAGAGAAUCCCAAAGGUUGAUAAAAAGUUGGAAGACAAUGACAACAAAAAGAGGAAGAAGGCUGGCAGUCAUCUAGAGGAGGUAAUGUCCAAUCAGAGUGUGCCCCCUGUAGGAGAGAGAGAGGAACAGAAGGAAAAUAAAGUGCGCUCCAUGGCAACUCAACUGCUGGCCCGGUUUGAGGAGAAUGCGCCAAGCUAUGCUGUGCGCAGACAGGUACAGUCUGAAUCUGAGACCGACAAACCCGCAUCUCUGGACAUGACUGAAAACCCACGCUUUGCCAAACCUAAGAGCCAGCCCGCACCCCCUCCACCCCCUCCACCCAAACCAAAAUGGCAGCCAUCUCCUUAUCUCAGACUGCUGGAAUCUCACACCCAGAAUGAAACCCAUCAUUCUGACCACAGUUUACAAAUCCAGUCCAGUCACACUGAAAUCCCGUCCGACCAUAAAAACACUGGCAUUCACCACAGUCUCCAGCUGUCUGAAAUUCCCUCAAGUUAUCAAAGCAGUGAGUCUCGUCCCAGAUCUCCUCACAUUCCCUUCAAAAUGCUCCAGUCGGGUUCUCGUCCGCCGGCGGACCCCUCAGAUUCACUCCCAUCAUUCACACCAGCCUUGGGUGGCAUGUUACAAUGCCUACAGAAACUGGAAGAGGAAGUCAGUCAGAGAAAAGCGCAAGCUGAAAUUACUAGACAGUUCAACAAAAAGAGCAUUAAAGAGCGAGCGCAGCAACUGAGCUGCCUGUUCACUGGCAAACCGCCUCAACCUCAGGCAGAUGAAAGCUCUUCUGCUGUUUCUUCCUCUUCUUCUAAAGCUUUCUCAGUCCACGCUAUCCCAGAAUGCUCUACUCUCUCUUGUCGUCUGUCUCCCGUUCCUUCAGUCCAACACCAGCAGUGCAGUGAAGAUUCAGAAACACAGCUGAACCACGUUAAACAUACAGAUCGCUCUGAAAUCAGACGUGUAGAGUGCCUUGACCCCUCCAAACAGAGAACAGUGGGGAAGGUUUCCUCUUCUAUCGGUGUUAAAGCAGCUACUCUGGCCAUCUUAUAUGAGACCGAUCACAGACCGAACAAUCCUUUUACCCUCUCGCUGACAGAUGCCAGAAGAUGUGCAGAGUCUGAGGCGACCAGUAUGCGGAAGGAGUUUCCGCCGGGUCUGGGCGGCAGCGACACCUGUCAUUUCUGUAAGAAGCGCGUGUACAUAAUGGAGCGGCUCAGUGCGGAGGGAUACUUCUUCCACAGAGAGUGUUUCCGCUGUAACAUCUGCAGCUGCACGUUGCGUCUGGGUGGUCAUGCUUUUGACUCCAACCAAGGCACUUUUUACUGCAAGCUGCACUUUUCUCAGCAAAGAAUCAACAGUAGGCAUCGGAGAGGAGAGAUCAACGGAGUUGGCAGACCCUCGUCCAGUGCUAGUUCUGAUUACACGGUCACCGACGGCCUCCGCGGCCCGUCCUCAGGAGCCGAAUCAGACUCCAAAUCUCAGAAUGACCCAAAGGGUUUGUCAAACCCCAACGCUCCAGCUGAGAGUGCAGAGGUGCAGACCCUCUCAAACUCAACGGAGGUCAUAAACAUUAGUGAGGUCAAAGAUUCAUCUAAAAAGCCAGAUCCUGCAGAGUCUGCACCUGUGUGUCCUGAUUCUCCUCUACAGAAAGUGAAACGCUCCUCCGCCAAAGGUGAAAUUACCAACAAAAACAACCUCUGGAAAAAGAAAAUCCGAUCCACUCUGCCCCUCAUCCUGCUUAAGAAAUUUCACCGUGGAAAACGAGAUAAAACUGAAGCCCUCGCAGAGGAAGAUGGAGACUCGGACUUUGAGGAGAUCCAUGAAUCACCUUCAACAUCAACUACAGAGUCUGACUGCCCCCUAAUGGAGGACAAGAAGUCAACGCCUAUUGAAGACAUCCCAAAAGUCCCUCUAUAUCGCCCACACCUUCUUCCCGAAUCCCCAAAACCCAGCACUUCCUCUCCAGAGCCUGUCGUCACAGCUGGUCCCUCAGAAGCAAACUCCCUCAGCCCCAAGAAGAAGCUCACGCUGUCUUCAUCAGAAAAGGAGAAGCUGCUUAAUUGGGACUUGGCCGCUCCUGGAAAGCCGUCAACUUCUGAAGAAGAACAACUUGACAGAACCUCAGCGAAUCCUCCACAACCAGAAGCUCCACCAAAACCAAGCCGUCCCCAGCCUGAACCCACUCCUCCACUCUUCCAACAGUUUGCCAGCAGUCUCCGGAAGUCCUUCUCCAAAGGGAGCAACCCUGUGGUCCUCAGGAGAAAUCGACCUUUGAAAGCCAGGCCGAUGUCUGAGGGGUCCUUCAACCUCAGCGGCUUGUUUGGCAGCAGCAUUCAGAGCAACCAGGUCGAGGAACGCAGCAACACGUCUACUGAUGAAAGUCAGUCCAGACUGAGGACUGGAAGUGAGCUCACAACGUUACUGGAGCAGGUGGCUCUCGGCUCCAAGACUCAGAAAGGCACAAAAGAUGACAUGGCCUCUUUAAAGCCCAGAAAACUCAAUUUCUUCUCCUCUCUGCGCAUUAAGAGGAACGAAGGAGCAGGUCAGAGCAAAGGAGACAACCAGAAGGACAUCUUGACCAUACUUUCCAGAUUCAGAAGCAAAGCGUCUGCUCAGCAACAACAAGAGGAGUCCAACUCAUCUAGUGACGAGGAACAGGAUCCAGACUCACAAAAGACUCAUAGUGGCACCUCACAGAAGAAAAAAGAGAAAACAGCGAUCCAACAAACCAAGAGAGAUCAGCUGAAGAGACUUCACAGGGCUCAGGUAAUCCAAAGACAGCUAGAGGAAGUUGAGGAGAAGCAGAGAGCUCUGGAGGAGAAAGGUGUGGCUCUGGAGAAGACCCUCAGAGGAGAAACUGGCGAUGACUCCACAGAUGAGGCCACAUUACUGCAAACCUGGUUCAAACUGGUCCUUGAGAAGAACAAACUGUCGCGAUAUGAGUCUGAACUCAUGAUCUUUGCUCAAGAACUGGAGUUGGAGGACACUCAAAGUCGGCUACAGCAAGACCUGAGACGACGAAUGGCCACUGAAGACUGUGAGAAGAGCGCGAGCGAGCUCUCGGAGGAGCAGGGCCUCCUGGUGGAGAUCAUGAAGGUGGUGGAGAAAAGAGACAAACUGGUGAGCCUGCUGGAGGAGCAACGGCUGAAGGAGAAAGCGGAGGACAGAGAUCUGGAGAGCAUGAUCCUCUCUAGAGGCUAUCAGUUCCACUGGAGCUGAACUUUUAACACUGGAUGAAGAUCUGCUGUACUGACCUGCAAGGAAAACUACUUUAGACUGAGAGAGCCUUAUGUGAAGAUCAGCUUCUGGAUCUUGAACAAACUGUAACAUGCUUGUUUAAUCAAACCGAAUGAACGCUGCCUUGUGUGUUCUUGAAAAGAAAUAAACCAAAAACCAAACACGUGCCUCUUUAUUAACUGAAAAUGAUGAAUGUUAGAUUUCAAAACACAGAUUGCACAUCCACAGAGGUGAGAGGACUGACUGCAAAUGUUAUUCACACUGGUGCAAUGAUAUUUAUUCUAUAGUUAUUAAAGCUAUUUUUUUCUUGGACAUGUUUGAGUUAUCUUUGUUUUGUUGAAAUUCUUAAUGAAUGUUUGUUCUGUUCUUCAGUGAAUAUACCAUUAGAGGCCAAAGUUUAAUGGCAGUGAUAAAAGUGUUUGUCUCAUAAACAUGAUAUCUCAAGUGACUUUAUAUUGCAAAUAUUUCUAAGUAAAACCAAAUAUCACUGUUGCAAGAUUCAAGAAGUGCUUAAGAAAAUGUACAAAGGGCUCUGGUUUUAUUUUUGUUUGUCUGUUGCCUUGUGUAAUUUAUUUAAUAAAUGUAAAAACAAUGA